GAUAACCUCAACGGUAUAACCGUGUCACAUAUGUUAGGUCGUAUGUGACGCAUAUAAAAGUCAUAUUUGUCGAUAAUAACGAAGAACAGUGUAAUAUAUUAAAAAUAUUUUCUAUAAUGUCAUCUAACAACGUCAAGGACAGUGAAUUUCAGGCGUAUAAAGACGAUUCGCGAAUUCCUUGCAAGUAUGGUACUAAGUGCUAUCAAAAAAAUCCGCAACAUCACAGCAAGUACAAACACCCGCCAAAAGGAGAAAAGGAGAAAACUGAGAAGAUAAUUACUGGAGAAAAGAGAAAACAUCCUAUUAGAGAUGAUAAAAAAGUGCAAACACAAAGUCCUCAAAGAAAAUUGCAGAAGACACUCGAGGCUUCUGAAAGAAAUUUACAUAGUUUUUUCUCAAAUCCAAAAAAAAAUGAUGUCAUUAUAGAUAACAAUGAAACGUUUAAAGAGAAAACGGAAACAUCAGAUAAGAAAGUAUCAUUGAAUGGACAUAAUCCAGUUAAUUCAACUGAAAAUAAUGCAACUGAGAAUACAUCAAUAUCUGAGAUGGAUGUCAAAAGAAUUAUUAUGGAUCUAUUUCUGGUUGAGAUGCCGAAAGAUUUUUUUCAAUUUUAUGAAUUUUGUAAAAGCAUAUCAAAAGAUAAUCCUCUUUCAGCUUGUAAAUACGUUCGCUUGAAACUUGUGGGUCCAUAUGAUAUUUUGGAUGGUAAAAUAAAAAUUUCUUCUAGUGAAAACGAUAAGGAAAAAUAUUUGAUACAUUGGAGAUAUUAUUACGAUCCUCCAGAAUUUCAGACUAUUGUGAAAUGUGAUGAUAAAGAAGGAUUACAUUUUGGUUACUGGCGAGAUGAUGCAGUAGAAAAACCAGUAUUUAUAGCAAAGAAUCGAGCAAAUGUGAAUGGCAUAUUUGAACCCGUUGCAGAAAAUAUAUUUGGUGCUGUCGAUGCUUAUUUGCAAAACAAAGUGAAAACGGUCAAUCCUUUCGAGAAAACCAGCAUAAUACGUUUGCAUUCGCAACUGAAGAAUUUUGCCAAACAGCACAAUAUAACUUUGGACAAAAAUACCGCAGAUAUGCGAGCGAGAGAGAAACGGGUUGUAGCACGAACUUUUCAUAAAGCUGGUAUAGUUGUACCUUAUGAUAAGAAGACUCAAUUGGGUUACAGAGAUUUGGCAGCAACNNUAGAUGAUUUACAAAAGACAUUGAAGCAGAUAGAGGAAGCUGUUACUCCGGAAGAUAGAAAAAUGCCGAUCGCGAAGCUCGAUGAAAUCGUAAGGUUAGCGACGAUAGCCGCGGAUGAAUGCGACUUCGGUACUUGCUUGGAACUAGGACACGAUCUCUUCUCGAAUGGCUGCAUUCACGUACAAACUAGAGCUCUGGAAAUGCUAUUUAUCGCUUACACUCAUUUAAAAAGGCCACAGUUAUUAAAAAUACUUGAAGCACAUUUGAAGAACAGGAAGAAGGAUUGUGAAUUAAGUAUAAUUUAAAAAAAAAACAUUUAAAGACGGUUAUACACAUAGAUACAUAUUUCUUUUAAUCAAACUGAUCACACACAUCAUACAUGUUGACUAUAGUCUUUUUAGAAAACUGAUGUCA